UUUGAGGCUGGAACUGAGCAAAAAAUAUCAUUUAUUUAGAAGAAGAAGGAGAGGAAGAAGAAGGGUAUCCUGGUUCUUUUUGCUUCACAAGGGAGUCAGAGCUCUAAUCUCAUCAUCAAGUCACCAUCUUUCCACGAGCUUCAUACGAUUUCUGUAUCUGUGUGUUUCUUUUCUGGAUUCGCAAUUUUUGAACGAAAUAGGGCGAAAAGUUAAGUUGUUUCAGGUGUGUAUGCCUGGUGUUUUGAGCUUUUGGUGCCUUUUGCUUCCUUAGGAAGUUGCAUAAAAGUUACAACUUUAGACUCUCAAAAUUUGUGCUCUGAGAAGCGGAACUGGGAUGAAAAGCUGUGUUUGGGCUUGGGGAGAAGGAUAAAAGUGUUUAAAGAAGUUGUUUUUGAUGUAUAUGAACGAAUUUCAGUUUGGGAUUUCGGAAAAGGGUUGUGCCUUUUAGUGUCUUGUGAUGUUCAUUGAGUGUAUGUAGAGCUUUCCGUGGGGAAGGAACUGGUUCAGGAUUGCAAUCCAAGAUUUGAUGAUUCUUCUGGGGUACAAGACAUUUGGAGUUUGAAUUCUUGAGAUGUUUUAGAAUAGGUGGAUUUCUAACAAUUGGGAUUUCAAUCCAAUGUUGCUGUUUUGCUUAAGCAUGCGCUUAUUUUAGUUUUUCUGUCAUAGAAGAACAUAAAGAAAUACAAUAAUUCCAUACACUGAAGCAAGGUUUGCUUAAGAGUUUCUGAGGUUGUUGGUACUGUUAGAUAAGGCAGAGGAUGCAAAGGGUACGAGUUUCGUCGCACCAGGCUCCGGUGCUCAAGCUGGGGGAUUCCCAAAUGACAUUAUCCCCAAAGUUUAGGCUUGCUGCAAUCCAGUCUUCUCUAAAAGAUCCUUCUUUAGAGUUGGAACUGUCGGUGAGGGGAGAAUCCCUAAUUCCAGGCCUUCCCGAUGAUGUGGCUCUAAAUUGCCUUCUUCGUCUUCCCGUCCAGAGCCAUGCAGCUUGCAGGGCUGUCUGUAAGCGUUGGUAUCUCAUGCUUAGCAGUAAGGAGCGUUUCUUCACCCGGAGAAGAGAACUUGGAUUUCACGAUCCUUGGCUUUUUGUCUUUGCCUUCCACAAAGGUACUGGGAAGAUUCAGUGGCAGGUUUUGGACCUUAGAGAGUUUUCUUGGCACACUAUCCCUGCAAUGCCUUGCAAGGACAAGGUUUGCCCCCAUGGAUUUAAAUGUGUUUCGAUCCCCCAUGAGGGUGCUCUGUUUGUUUGUGGCGGCAUGGUCUCUGACGUGGAUUGCCCCCUCAACUUGGUUUUGAAAUACGAAAUGCAAAAGAAUCGAUGGACUGUGAUGAAAAAGAUGAACACUGCACGUUCCUUUUUUGCAAGUGGCGUAAUUGAUGGGAUGUUGUAUGUGGCUGGAGGAAACAGCACGGAUCUCUUUGAGCUUAACUCAGCUGAGCUUAACUCAGCUGAAGUCCUUGAUCCCACUGAAGGUACCUGGCGCCCAAUUGCGAGUAUGGGGACAAACAUGGCCUCAUAUGAUGCAGCAGUUCUGAAUGGGAAGCUCCUUGUGACUGAAGGCUGGUUUUGGCCCUUCUAUUUUGUACCGAGGGGCCAGAUUUAUGAUCCAAAAACUGAUAAGUGGGAAAGUAUGGCUGCUGGACUGAGAGAAGGCUGGACUGGUUCGAGUAUUGUAGUAUUUGGGCAAUUAUUUGUCGUCACAGAGCAUGAAAGGACGAGACUUAAGGUAUACGACACGGAUAAUGAUUCGUGGGAGGCUGUACAAGGACCUCCUUUGCCGGAGCAGAUAUGCAAACCUUUCUCUGUGACUUGCUUUGGCAGGAGGAUCAUUGUUGUGGGUCGUAAUCUUCAUGUAGCUGCGGGUGAUAUCUCUAGGCUGAACGUAGCAAGCAACUCUGGGAAAAAAUCGAGCUUCUCUGUUCGAUGGCGAGUGGUGAAUGCACCCGAGGACUUCUGUAACUUGACACCUUCAAGUGCACAGGUUUUGCUUGGUUAAUAUGAUCAUACAAGAACCGUAGUUUGUAGAGGGAAGAUAGAUGGGCAGAUAGCUGUUAGAAUUUUCGAUCCCGUGUACCAACAACAUGUUGCCUCACCUAUUUAUCUUUUCCCUCAUUUACUUAAACCAGCCAUUGUGUGGGCACGAGUAGAUGGUGUGAAUCUUUUGCUUGCAAUAUUUUAUCAUGUGGUUGAAUUGUUACACUGAGCAUUUUAUAUGGAAAUGAAGAUCUGCACGUUGUUUUA